CGCGGGCAGCGGUCCCUGCGCAGGCUUGGCCGCGCGCUCCCGCGCUGCGCGCGCCCGGGGUUCCUUCCCUCCUCCGGAGCCCGUCCCCAGGCCGCCGCGCGGGAGGGAGGCCGAGAUGGCAGAUGAGAUCGCCAAGGCUCAGGUCGCCCGGCCUGGUGGCGACACGAUCUUCGGGAAGAUCAUCCGCAAGGAAAUCCCAGCCAAAAUCAUUUUUGAGGAUGAUCGGGUAGGGCACCGGGCACCGUCUCGCUCGUGGGCUGAGUGUCUUGCUUUCCAUGACAUUUCCCCUCAAGCGCCAACACAUUUUCUGGUGAUACCCAAGAAACACAUAUCCCAGAUUUCUGCAGCAGAAGAUGAUGAUGAAAGUCUUCUUGGACAUUUAAUGAUUGUUGGCAAGAAAUGUGCUGCUAAUCUGGGCCUGAAUAAGGGUUAUCGAAUGGUGGUGAAUGAAGGUUCUGAUGGGGGACAGUCUGUCUAUCACGUUCAUCUCCAUGUUCUUGGAGGUCGUCAGAUGCAUUGGCCUCCUGGUUAAACCUGUUUUAGGGAUAAAUUUUCCCUUCUCUAGGCAAUUAUCAAGUUUGCAAGUUCCAUUAUGUUAAGUGGCACACUUAUUUUUGCCUGUGUAUGGAGAGAUUCAGGAAAUAAUUUUUAAAACCCGUACAUAAUAAUAAAGGAUAUUGUUGCAUGUUAACAGUC